AUGAAGAGAACAGAAAAGGAUUUGGCACAAAUUUUGGAAAAUAACUUUGUUGAUGGAGAAAACAAGCCAAUUAUUAGAGUAAAUGAUAUUUCGGGUGGAUGUGGAGCAAUGUUUGAUAUUCUUGUUGUUUCCAAUAAAUUUGAAGGACAAUCUCUUGUCAAACAACACAAGAUGGUGAUGGAAAUUUUAAAGAAGGAUAUUCAAUCAAUGCACGGAUUAACAAUUAAUACAAAGACACCAAAACAAUAUGAAGAUAUUAUCAAGAAGAAGUAA